CUCUUCAACUCUACUCCUCUCUCUCUCUGUUUUCAAGUUUUUCACAUAUACCCUCUGCAUCUGCUACAACCAUCUUUCAAGAAGAGGCCAGGAGUUUAGCUGUGAGUGAGAUUUUGGUGGUAUUCUCAGAAAACAAAAUGAUGGUGGGAAAAGAAGAUUUGGGGUUGAGUUUGAGCUUGAGCUUUCCGGAGAUGAGUAGAAACUCUGCUUCUGCGACGCCAUUACCUCACCUCAAUAAUACCUUCACUGCUCACCCUUCACCUUUCAAUCUCUUCCACAAGUCUCCAUGGGGGCCUGAAUCUUUCCCUUCCUCAGAUCGGAAGUCGGAGACAUGCAGGACGUUGUUGAAAGGGAUAGACGUGAACAGGGCGCCGGCGGGCACCGACGCUGAGGAGGAGGCCGGAGUGUCGUCGCCGAACAGCACGAUUUCGAGCGUGAGCGGGAACAAGAGGAGCGAGAGAGAAUUAGGCAUGACGAUGAACCCAGAAGAAAUCGAUGCGGAACGGGCGUGCUCCCGGGGCAUCAGUGACGAGGAAGACGGCGAAACUUCUAGAAAGAAGCUCCGCCUCACCAAAGACCAGUCCGCCAUUCUGGAAGAGAGCUUCAAAGAACACAACACUCUCAAUCCCAAGCAAAAGUUGGCUUUGGCUAAGAGGCUUGGAUUGCGGCCAAGGCAGGUGGAGGUGUGGUUUCAGAACAGAAGGGCAAGAACAAAAUUGAAGCAAACGGAAGUAGACUGCGAGUUCCUAAAGAGAUGUUACGAGAAUCUGACGGAGGAGAACCGGCGAUUACAGAAGGAAGUUCAAGAGCUCCGAGCCCUGAAGCUGUCGCCGCAGUUCUACAUGCAAAUGACGCCGCCCACAACGCUCACCAUGUGUCCGUCGUGCGAGCGCGUCGCCGCCCCGCCGUCGGCCGCCGCGGCCUCCGUGGGGCCCGCACCAGCUAUGGCCCAAUCCAGGCCCCUGCCGUUCAACCUGUGGGCGCCGCACCGCCCGUUCGACCCCGCCGCCGGUCGACACCCCAGAACAAAUUAAAUUUUCCCAGGGGCGUUUCCGUCAUUUUACACGUAUCUAAUUUUUAUAAAAAAAGAAAAACAGGGUGUUACCAGAAACAAAAAAAAAAAAAAAAAUUGUAAUAGCGUACCAUAUCGUUUAAUGUGGGAAGAGGUGGAAAGAUAUGGUUGUUGGAGUUGGGAUAUGGUGGGUCUGACCAAAAACCCUUUUGUUGCUGGAUAUUGACCCAUCUGUCCCUCAAAAUUGACUAGUUAGGGUUAGUACUUGCUGCUGCUUCCCUCUGAGUUGUUCUGCUACCACAUGACUAGUUAGGGAAAGACAACUUUAGAUGUAAAUUAUUGUUGCUACCAAUUGUUCUUUUAUUAACUACUCCGUUAUAAUGUCAAUUUAUGCCUCUUCUCA